AUGAUGAUAGUUGACGACCCAAGUAGCGGCCAAAUAAUUUCCGCAAAACAAACGGUCAUGGUGGUUGCAGGCAUUCAGGGUAGAGAUCACCACGCAGUGUCCGCCGCGUUAUAUGUUUUAUAUCAAUUAAUAGAGCGUACUGACGUCCACACAGAUUUACUCUCUAAGUAUCGUUUUUGGAUAAUACCCGUUUUCAACCCUGACGGCUAUGAUUACUCAAUAACCUUUCCACAACGGAGGGAAUGGACAAAGAAUUUGCGUCAGACUUGGCAAUCUAGUGCAGAGCUAGAUGCGUGUACAGUAUUUGGUUUACGAUGUUCUAUUAAGCCGUGUUAUGGAGUCAACCUUGAUAGAAAUUUUGAGUACCAAUGGAUUCCACCUGAUGAGCUUCGCGCGGAGCACCCUUGCGGUGAUCUGUACGCGGGCACCCGUCAACUGAGCGAGGCGGAAACUUUGGCUCUGACGCGAUACCUCCACACCCAGCGCAUGCCACUCCAUACCUUCAUAGCGUUCAAGGAGGGAGACGUGCUCCGGCAGCGUGCCUCACGCGCGGCUUCCGCCGCUUACGCACUUUACGCCGGCGGGAUAGAGGAUUGGGUGGACGGUCAUUUAGGUAUUGACAACACAUACACCGUGAUGAUGUUUCGGCCGACCGACUCAUACAACUCAAAAUAUGCGACAGAGCAUGUCGUUCACGAAGCGUACGCUGCUAUGGAUACGUUGCUUCUGCACAGCACUGAGCCAAUGUUGGGCCCCCCCGUAAUCACGCUUUCGAAAUCCACUGGACAUCGCGUGUUUCCAUUUCCGAUUGCUUACCUCAUAUGUACUUCGUCGUUAACUAUUAUUACCGGUAUAUGUAUAAUGAUAAGGAAU